AAUAAACGAAGUGGGGCAGAAAGAUUGAGCUCACUUUCCAUUUCCCAAGUGCUAUCACCGAUGCACAAUUGUCCGUUUCCCAGAAAAUACUAAUACAAUUCGAAACAGAUGCUCUCAGUACACUGCUGUUAUCAAAGAAGUAGCAACUGUAGGAGAGAAGAAGAACUCAAUCAAACCAUUAUUAUGGCCGAAAUUAGCAGCUUAGCAAUCGAUCCCAGAAGCGGGUUUUGUUCUUCAAAUUAUACUUUCUACAGCAAACGCACUCCAGUUCCACUUCCAUCCAACCGCUCCCUCGACAUCACUACAUUUCUUUCAUCUUAUCCUCACCACGGCAAAACCGCCUUCGUCGAAGCCACUUCCGGCCGCCAACUCUCGUUUUCCGAACUUUGGGAAGCGGUUGAUUCCGUUUCCACGUGUUUAUCGGGUUUGGGCAUACGGAGAGGCGACGUCGUUCUAAUCAUCGCACCGAAUUCCAUCUUCUUCCCCGUCGUUUGCCUCUCUGUGAUGCAUAUUGGAGCUAUUAUAACCACCGGCAACCCUCUCAAUACGCCUCGUGAAAUAUCGUUACAAAUGGACGAUUCAAAGCCCGUCCUUGUCUUCACCACCGGUCAACUCGUCCCGAAGCUGGCUGGAUCGUCUAUCCCCGUCGUACUUGUUGACGAUGAGCCGGUGACGACUGAAGCCACCGGCCAAGUUGAAAUAGUUACUACUAUUGACAAAAUGAUGAAGAAGGGAACAACGGAUCAGAUCCGAGUAAGGGACCGAGUGUACCAGGAUGACGCGGCGACUCUACUGUAUUCGUCGGGCACGACGGGUGCCAGUAAAGGUGUGAUAUCAUCUCACAGAAACCUCAUAGCUCUAGUGCAAGCAUAUUCAGGCUUGAGUACUCCAGAGGAAAUCCAUAUCUGCACCGUUCCCAUGUUCCACAUAUAUGGAUUCGGAGCUUUCGCCAUCGGGAAGCUCGGGAACGGAACCAAAGUCGUGAUUUUAUCGAAGUUCGACAUGAACGAAAUGCUGUCGGCGGUUGAGAAAUACCGUGCCACUUGCCUUCCACUCGUGCCACCUAUACUCUUGGCGUUGGUGAAGGAUGCUGAUGAGAUACGAAAGAAGUACGAUUUGAGUUCGCUGCAAACUCUCGUGUGCGGCGGCGCUCCGCUGAGCAAGGAUUUGAUAGAUAGGUUUUUAGAGAAGUUUCCUACGGUAGAUAUUCGUCAGGGGUACGCUUUAACAGAGGCAACAGGGUUUGGAGCUUCAAUGCUUACAGAGGAGGAGAGCCGGAAGUACGACAGCGUAGGGCUGUUGUCGCCGAGCUUGGAAGCCAAAAUUGUGGAUCCUGAAACGGGGAACGCCUUGAAGGUCAAUCAGAGAGGUGAACUUUGGCUAAGGGGGCCCUCCAUUAUGAAAGGGUAUCUCAACAAUGCAGAAGCGACAGCAGCAACGGUUGAUUCAGAAGGAUGGUUGAAAACAGGUGAUCUUUGCUACAUCGACGAUGAUGGCUUCCUUCACCUUGUCGAUAGGUUGAAGGAGCUUAUCAAAUACAAGGGAUUUCAGGUUCCUCCUGCUGAACUUGAGGCUUUGCUUCUUUCUCACCCCCACAUUUCUGAUGCUGCUGUUAUACCGUUUCCUGAUGAAGAGGUUGGGGAAUAUCCCAUGGCGUAUGUGAUCAGAAAAAGUAGUUGCAAUAUAUCAGAGGCUGAAGUCAUUGAUUUUAUAUCAAAACAGGUAGCACCAUACAAGAGAAUCCGGAAAGUGGCAUUUGUAACUUCAAUACCCAAGAACCCAUCUGGGAAGAUUCUUAGGAGGGAGCUAAUCAAGCUUGCAAUUUCCAGAAUCUGAGACUAUCUCAUCGACAGCUCAAUAAUGAUAAAAUUUGUAUUUUCUAAGCAAAGUUUCGAGAUUAAGUGGUCAACGAUAUUUAUAUUGUCUCAUCUUGUGUGGAGCUGAAUCUUGUCAUUU